AUUGGGCUGGUUUUAUUGGCCAUUGGGCUGGUUUUGUCACACAGACCUGGCAACCCUGGGAAGGUGUUUCAGUUGAAACGGAAGGUGAUCAAGGAUGGCAGAUCAACCAUGUGCUCAACAGCCCUCAAGCAAUUUUGCAGAAGCAACGGCGUUGCUAAACAACAUAUUGGCCUCAGCGGAGACAAUCAGAACACUGUCUAAUGCCUCAACUGUUCGGCAGCAGCCGGUCGUUGCAGCAGCUCCAGGUGUGGAUACAGUAGACAGCCACCUAGCAGCUCUCUUUCCGUCCCGGCAGCGCAGCGGCGUGCCAUUGUCUGCUGCAGGUACAGUCAGGAGCAACUGUGCACCUGCACCCCGCUAUCAAGCGCAGCAGCACUUCGGCGCAUGGACAUCAAAAGGCAUGAGGAGAAAAAGAGCUAGAUCACAGCAGCAUGACCAUUUCAACAAGGACGUAAUAUUACUUCCCAAUCCAUCAUGGGGAAUAGUGUGCAAACAAAAUCCAAAAUUAUGGUUACACAAACAUGGGCACAUCCUCAGUGCCUUUGAAUUCCAGAAGGCCUGGGACCACCAGACUGUUGUGGAAUGCAUCAGAGAUGGUUUUGGUGUGCACAUUCCAGAGGAUGUCAGCCUCCAGUUUCUAAUGGCUUGUGGCAAUAAGCUGGUGUCCCCUAAACUCCAGGAGGGCCAGGAGCUGAAUGGAAUGCUAAUCCAUAAGAUUUUUAAAACCAAAGGCCUGUAUGUGAGACCAUCAAGGACCAUUUUAACUGACUCAGAUGAAGAAAAUGAAUGUUCCAACAUCACUACCAGAUCAACAUUAAGCAGUUGUGCAACUGCUAAGGACCAGGAUGAUGACUGUUUGGAAGUUUAUGGUUCACAAAUCCACACUGGCAGACCUAGCACCACCAGGGUUGCUACAAGAGCAAUGAGAAGUAGGGAUGACCCCUGUACUAGCAGUCAGGAUGGAGAUGGAAACCCUGGCACUGGCAGUGGUGAUGAACAUGGCUAUGGCAUCACACACGCCACCAGAAGUGUUGUUAGAAGGCGUACAGCAAUGCAAGGAAGUGGCACUAGUGGUCACGAUGGAGGCUGUCUUGCAAGAAGUGAUGGCAACCCUGGCACAAGCGGUGAUGAUGGAGGCAGCCUUGCAAGAAGUGAUGGCAACCCUGGCACAAGCGGUGAUGAUGGAGGCAGCCUUGCAAGAAGUGAUGGCAACCCUGGCACAAGCGGUGAUGAUGGAGGCAGCCUUGCAAGAAGUGAUGGCAACCCUGGCACAAGUGGUGAAGAUGGUGACUACUCUUCAUAUUUGAGACUUAUGGCUGCUCUUCCUGAUGACUCUUCAGAUGAUGAGGAGUUCAACCAGGCUAUAAUUGCCAGUAUGGAGAGUCAAAUUGUAGAAAAGGUCCCGGUUCAAGAGAUACUGCUGGAACUCUCAAGCAAAAUCAACACAAAGCAACAGUGCAAAUUUAAUAUAAAUCGCUCUGCUGUCUGGGAGGGAGCCGUGCGAGGAUUUCAAAGGGUGUCCUAUAACCCCAACUUGAUGAUCUGCGUGAAAUUCUCAGAUGACAUGGGGAGAAAUGAGGAAGGGAUUGAUUUAGGAGGGAAAGAAAACAGCAAGAACUUGGCUCUUGACAGUGCUGCUCUAAGAGAGGACCGGUACUACACAGCUGGCAGAGCCAUUGCUGUAAGCUUGGUACAUGGUGGUCCGCCACCAAACUUCCUCUCGCCAACAAUAUUUUCUCUUCUGGUUGAUGGUUCAGCAAAGCCAGUGCUAGACGACAUAGCUGACAAUGAACUUUUGGAAAAAGUAAAAAAGGUAUCUGAAAGUACAACCCUUGAGGACCUUGAGAUGACAACGGCACCUCUGCUUGACUACUUGGCCAAUGCAGGAUGUCUGAGGCCUAUGCGCUCUAUAAGAGACAGGGAUUUGCUGGUACAUGACAUUGUCAUGUUCCAGAUCAUCCACAGGGUUCAAGGUCCAUUUCAAAGAUUCUGUGAAGGACUGAAAACGCUUGGGGUUCUGGAGAAAAUCCAAAGGCAUCCAGACAGCUUUCGUCCCUGCUCUGUCAUGAGCCAAGCACACUGA